AUGGCCAUGAAAGUCUUGGAAGAGAACACAGAAAGGUCAAUGAAAUGUAACAUUUUCUGGAAUGGUGAGUUUGGAUUUAAUGUGAAGGAAGGAUCAGGUGCAAGUGAAGUAAAGCAUUUGGUGGACAUCAACAGGCAAACAUGCACCUACAGAGCUUGGAUGUUAAAAGGCAUACCAUGUGCUCAUGCAGUUGCUGCCCUGCAUUAUAAAAAUCUGGAGCCUUUGAACUAUAUUUCUCACCAGUACACCUGUCAUGGGAUGUGGCCAGAGUCACAAAACCCAACUCUUAUACCACCUCAUGUCAAGAAGAUGAUUUCAGGGCCAAAUAAGGUUAGAAGAAAAGAGCCAGGUGAAAAUAAGAUUGGAAAAUUGUCCAAAAGUGGAGUGGAAAUGACAUGUAGCAAUUGUCAUAACAAGGGUCAUAACAAGAGGAGGUGUCAUAAAGCUGCUGGAAGUAAUACUGUUGCUACUUCACCAAGUUCUCUGCCUGCAAGUGUUGGUAGUUCAAAGCCACCAAAGCAAAGUACUGGAAGAGGAAGGGGUACGCCAAAAAGGUUCUAA